AUGAAUUUUGCUCCAUUAUCUCAUGCAAUGCAGUCUUGGGCCAAUUCAGACAUCUAUGCAUUAUUAUAUCCACUCUUUCUUCUUCUUCUUCUUCUUCUUCUUCUCAUCCUCAAGAAGCACAUUCAAUCUCCUCCUUCCAGAGGCCAAACUCUCCCACCGGGUCCGCGUCCAUGGCCAAUUCUGGGCAACGCCAUGGAAAUAGGCUUCAAGCCCCACGUCUCACUCUCCAACCUCGCCCGAGUCCACGGCCCCCUCAUCUCUCUUAGGCUCGGCAGUCAGCUUCUCGUGGUGGCCUCCUCCCCGGCAGCUGCCACCGAAGUCCUCAAAUCACAGGACCGGUUGCUGUCUGGGCGGUGUGCUCCACAGGCAUUUCCCAUCUCAGCCUCUGUUCUCGAACGCUCCUCCUUCAUCUGGGCUCCUGAGUGCACCGAGAGAUGGAAGCUCCUGCGAGCGUUGUGCAGGAACGAGCUGCUCUCGGCCAAGGUGCUCGAGACGGGAGCCGCUCUGAGGGAGAGGAAGACAGCUGAAGUGGUGGAGUUCUUGGGGGAAAAGGAAGGGAAAGUGAUGGAGAUAGGAGAAGUGGUGCAUACUUUGGUUUCUAAUGUUUUAUCUAACCUUUGUUUCUCCAAGGAUUUCAUAGAUUUGAGAGGUGGAGUGGGAAGAGAAUUCAAGGAGAUUGUUUCAGCCAUGAAGAAAUUGGUCAUUACUCCAAAUGUGGCUGAUCUUUAUCCUGGUUUGCUGGGGAAGUUGGAUCCUCAGGGGCUGAGAGGAAGGCCUUGGAAUGCCAUAGAAGAUUGA